AUGUAUGGUUUAUACAGAGCGUGGUUCGGUGGCGGUGCCACGAGUACCAGCUAUCCCUGUCUUCAGGACACGUUCUCGCCACCUGACACGGUGGUACGAGUCGGCAACGAGGGCGAGCACCAGUUUGUCGCGCACAAAGGUGUACUCGCGGCUCACAGUGGAUAUCUAAAGGCUCUGCUGACGAGCGCGGCGACGACGACGGCGACGACAUCGUCGAAUUCGCCCUUCGAUCCUACCUGUGCGACCGUCGCCGUCACGGCGAGCAACGGGCAAUCACAACGACCGGUCACUUCCGUAUCGGUCUCGUCCAUCGGUGGAGAGGCAUUCGCGCCGUUGCUCAACUAUAUGUACACUGGACGACUGGAGGUGACGCUGGAUAAUGUUUAUAGCGUGCUACUAGCGACGCAUUUGCUGCACAUGCCGGGUGCACUGGAGCAAUGCAGAGCCGCGCUAUUAAGGUUGCGAGCACCGCCACCUCUGCCAACACCGCCGAUGCCGACGUCCGCAUCAACGACGCCCGGGUCGCCACCGGGAACCACCGGUAGCAUCCUACGACCUAUACCGAGUAGGCUGGUAGUAGGCCCACCGCUAUGUUGGCCCCCGACGACCCCGCUUGCAUAUCCACCAACAGCGCCGGCACCGACUGCCAUGUCGCAUCUGCCACCGUCAAUGCAACCAUUGAUGCAACCAACCGUACCACUCGGAAUCAACGUCGUCGUGCCGAGAGAAAAGCAGGAGCAGUGUGCGCAUUAUAGCGCCGGUGAGAUGUCAAAGUCGCCGCAGUCCUCGCCGAGCGCGGCGCACCACAAACGUCCGAGAUUGCACUCCAGUAGAUCGAGAACACCGGAGAUCGUGUCUACCGUUUCAUCCGCAGCUGCGUUCACCGCGUUCGCCGUGACGAGCAGCACAGCGAGUUCUACGACGAGAGCACCAUCGCCGUCGCGGUCGAUCUCACCGGCUCCAUCCUAUGCGUCGCAAACGCAUUCGCCCAUGCAUCACAACAGUGACAAGUCGAUGGAACGCGAAGUUCAACGAGGAGAAGAGGUCGAGGAUCGUUCCGCCAGAUCGUCUAACGAUCGGCUAAAUAAAUCGUGUACUGCAGCAUCCGCCGACAGCAAAGCACCAAAUCGUAACCGCAGCAGCAGUAACGAUAGCAACGAUAAUGAAGAUGUUGCGAUAUCGGAACAUGACCGAGCGCGUUCGUCUCGUCGUCGAGCUCGAAACGCAAUCUCGGGCACAAAAGAGGCUUCCACCACAAGCACUGUCUUUUCCGUAGUGUACGACAUCGCGUGCUGCGAUGGACCGGUGCGCUUCCACCGUGUUUUGAAUGAGAAUUAUUCGUCGUCGACGUCGCACGAGUCGCAUAAUGCCCCGAUACGCCCGUUGAGAAACUGUCAGCUGACGGAGGGAGAGGAUCCGUCAAGCGAGAACGACGAGAACGGUGGACCAGCAACGCAAGGAGGAGGAAGCCGUACACGUAGUCCCAGCAACGAUUCGAGCAACGAUGGUAGUAAUAGCGGCAACAACGGUGGUUGUUAUACUUGCGGCUAUUGCAAGCACACCUUCAAAUCACAAUAUUGCUAUAGGAAGCACGCUAAGCGGCAUUUAUUGCCAACGAGGAUCAACGAGACGACUGGUGGUGACAAUAGUGGAGGCGGUGGGGACAUUGUUAAUCACGGAUCGCGGCAGGAUGCCGCGCGUGGAAACAGACGAGAGGUCAGAUUGUUGGAUUUGAAUGUGCAGUACUAUCCCUGCAAGAUCUGCGGUUGCAAGUUCCCCAGUUACUACUUCGUACACAAACACCGAAAACUCUGCCACGCGAAUGACGAGGAGAGGCAAGCCGCCACGGAUGGAACGAAUGCAUCGAGUCGUGACGCGGACACAUCGUCCACUCAGGAUGCUCCGUGA